UUCUUUAUGAAUCCACAAGUGUAAAGAACUAAAGAUGCUAAACUCACUUUCGCUUAAAAUGAAAAAUUAACCCACAAGGUCCAUAUUAAUUUCCCACAUUUUGUGAAAAGUAAUGCCGCAUUUAUUCUUAAUUUUUUUAUCAUAUAGAAUUUUCUUAAUCUAUCACUUGAUUUGUAUAUCCUUCUAAUAUAUAUUACUUUGAGUAUGUUAUUUAUCUUCUCUCUCUUUUAAGUUUUGAAUACCCUUCCUUCUUGGUCAAUAGCCCUAUUUUAUAUUUGUAUACUCUUUAGAAAUUGCUAUUAUUGUUCUUAUUGAUGAAUAGGUUAAUGGAAUGUAGAAAGAAAAUAAAUAGAAGUCAAUCUAAAUUCUAUAAUAUGAAUAGAAAAUAAGAUGAUAUAAACUCGGAAUGUAACAAAAAAUUAAGACGGUAAUAUUAUUGGGUUUCUAUUUUUCAUUUGUAUUUGAAUAUGUACCGUUGUUUAUUACGGAUCCACUAGACACCCUUGUAUAAUAACCAAUUAACUUUUAGAAAUGGGAAAUGCAUUGGAUCUAGCAAAGUGUACAAGUCUAGUCCUCUUAUUUCAAAUGAUUCUCAUUUUAUUUAAUAUAACAUAAACUAAACUACUUGUGAACAGACGAUGAAGACACAACUAAAAACGUUACAUAAUCUAGAUUUUAGGUGUCCCGUGUGCAUGGACAUGGAGUGACGUUAUAGUCUGUUUUUCUUUUUUGGCCUUGGACCGACUUGAGAGUUAAUUUCUAGGAUUUAUAUACUGAAGAAAGUAAUAUACUAUAUAACACUAAUAAAUUAACUUCAAACUUGAAUUCAUUUACAGUAACUACUGAUCUUAAGACAAUUAACAUUAACUUCAAACUUGGAUUCAAGUACAGUAACUACUGAUUUGAAGAAGACAAUGUGUUUCAGUGUUUGUGUAUGGUAUUCUUUAUAUUGACCCUAUCUCUUAAGAAUACAUAUUUUUGUUAACUUCAAAGUUUAAUAUUAUGAUAUUCUGACUAGCAGUCAGUCAACAAGAUAACAAUUAUCAGAGGCAGUGGAGCUAGUAGAGUAGUAUUAAAAUAUAUACUACUAGUAAAAAACACAGGGAAUAAUCACCGAUACAACCACUUACUUGGGGAUUGAGCAAGUGAACUCGUUAACUCCAACAGUAAAAUGGAGGAACGUAUCUAAUUUAUCUACUCAUAAAUAUAACAAAUCAUAAUAAGAUUAGAGGUAAUGGGUUCAGUAACACAAAACAGUAAGAUACAGAUAAAAAUGAAUACUAGUUCAGUAUGGGUAGUAAAUAAAAAACUAAUUAGCAUUAAAAUAAGUUAAAAGAGAUAGAUAGGGGGCAUGAUAUAGGUGAGGUGGCAAAGAGGUGGGGGGUGGUGCAGUUUUGUUGUUGAUCUCAAGGCAUUGUGUUUCCCCAUUCUCCUUUGUACUCUUUCUCCUCUCUUAAUAAAAACACCCCAAGUAUUAGAACACUCUGUAUUUCUCUUCCUACGCUUGAGUUUAAACCAAGCAAGAACCAGAUUUCAAGAGAGCACAGAGAUAGAGAGAAGAGAGGCACCAAACCCUAAAUGGGUCUAACCCCGAGAUUUUAAAACUCUUCUUUUAUGAUUUUGAGGCAAAUGUCGUCUCCUCAUACCUUAAUCUCUUCUUCUUCAUUCUUCAUCUUCAUCUUGUGUUUCUCUCUCUCUAAUGCAGAGCAAAACCCGGAAGCUUCUAUCCUCUACUCAUGGCUCCACUCUUCUCCUCUCACACCUUCCUCUCUUUCUUUCUUCAACUGGAACUCAGCCGACAACACUCCUUGCAACAACAACUGGACUUUCAUUACAUGCUCACCUCAAGGCUUCGUCACCGACAUCGACAUUCAAGCCGUCCAAGUCGAGCUACCCUUGCCCAAGAAUCUCCCGGAGCUUCGUUCUCUUCAGAAACUCACCAUCUCCGGCGCUAACAUCACCGGGACUAUACCGGAGAGCCUCGGCGACUGUCUCGCCCUCACGGUUCUCGACCUAAGCUCAAACAGUUUAGUGGGAGACAUUCCUUGGAGCUUAAGCAAGCUUCGUAACCUAGAAACCCUAAUACUCAACUCCAACCAGCUCACCGGGAGAAUCCCACCGGAGAUCAGUAAAUGCUCCAAACUCAAGAGCUUGAUCCUCUUCGAUAAUCUCCUCACCGGAGGCAUCCCGUCGGAGCUAGGGAAGCUCUCUAAUCUCGAAGAGAUAAGAAUCGGAGGAAACAAAGAACUCUCCGGGAAGAUCCCACCGGAGAUCGGAGACUGUUCUAACCUAACGGUUCUCGGCUUAGCAGAGACGAGCGUCUCCGGAAACUUACCUUCCUCUUUAGGAAACCUCAAGAAGCUGCAAACACUCUCUAUCUACACAACGAUGAUAAGCGGAGAGAUUCCUCCAGAGUUAGGCAACUGCUCUGAGCUAGUUGACAUCUUCCUGUACGAGAAUAGCUUGUCCGGCUCAAUCCCUCGAGAGAUAUCAAAGCUCGCGAAGCUCGAACAGCUGUUCCUAUGGCAGAACAGCCUCGUCGGUGGUAUCCCUGAAGACAUCGGAAACUGCAGCAACCUCAAGAUGAUAGACUUGUCUCUAAACCUCCUCUCCGGUUCGAUUCCCGUCUCCAUCGGCCGUUUGUCUUUUCUCGAAGAGUUUAUGAUCAGCGACAACAACUUCUCCGGUUCGAUACCGACAACUAUCUCCAACUGUUCGAGUCUUGUUCAGCUACAGCUCGACAAGAAUCAGAUCUCUGGUCUGAUACCGACAGAGCUUGGAACCCUCACGAAGCUUACUCUGUUCUUCGCUUGGUCCAACCAGCUGGAAGGAAGCAUUCCUCCCGGUUUAGCAGACUGUACCGAUCUCCAAGCGUUGGAUUUAUCGCGUAACGCCUUAACCGGAACGAUCCCUUCCGGUUUGUUUAUGCUAAGGAACCUCACGAAGCUUCUCUUGAUCUCAAACUCUCUCUCUGGUUCCAUCCCUCAAGAGAUUGGUAACUGCAGCUCUCUGGUGAGACUGAGGCUAGGUUUCAACAGGAUCACUGGAGAGAUACCUUCUGGUGUUGGUUCACUCAAGAAGCUGAACUUUCUUGACUUGUCGAGCAAUAGGUUGCACGGGAAGGUCCCUGAUGAGAUAGGAAGCUGCUCGGAGUUGCAGAUGAUUGAUCUUAGUAACAACUCUCUUCAAGGCUCGUUGCCUAACGCGGUUUCUUCCCUGUCCGGUUUACAGGUUCUUGAUGUUUCAGCUAACCAGCUUUCAGGCAAGAUUCCCGCGAGUUUGGGGAGGCUUGUGUCCCUUAACAAACUGAUCUUGGGGAAGAACUUGUUCUCCGGAUCGAUCCCUGGUUCUCUAGGUAUGUGUUCAGGGCUGCAGCUUCUUGAUCUCGGAAGCAACGAGCUCUCUGGUGAGAUUCCUUCGGAGCUUGGAGAUAUUGAGAAUCUUGAAAUCGCGUUGAACUUGAGUAGUAACAGACUCUCUGGGAAGAUACCUUCGAAGUUUGCGUCUCUCAACAAGCUCUCGAUUCUUGAUAUCUCACACAACAUGCUCGAAGGAGAUCUUGCUCCACUUGCCAAUAUCGAGAAUCUCGUCUCUCUCAACAUCUCUUACAAUAGCUUCUCUGGUUACCUUCCGGACAACAAGCUUUUCAGACAGUUACCUCCUCAAGAUCUCGAAGGAAACAAGAAACUCUGUUCCACGUCGACUAAAGAUUCUUGUUUUCUCGCUUACGGCAAUAGCAACGGACUUGCGGAUGAUAAGGAAACUUCUCGCGCAAGAAACCUCAGGUUAGCACUGGCGCUUUUGAUCUCCCUGACGGUUGUGUUGAUGAUUCUCGGCGCGGUUGCGGUGAUCCGAGCGAGGAGGAACAACGAAAGAGAAAGAGAUUCGGAGCUUGGAGAAUCAUAUAAAUGGCAGUUCACACCGUUUCAGAAGCUCAACUUCUCGGUAGAUCAGAUCAUAAGAUGUUUGGUUGAGCCUAACGUGAUCGGUAAAGGAUGUUCGGGCGUAGUGUACCGCGCUGACGUGGACAACGGCGACGUUAUAGCAGUAAAGAAGCUUUGGCCAGCGAUGGUUAACGGCGGUAACGACGAGAAGCCUGAUAAAAACGUGAGAGAUUCGUUUUCAGCGGAAGUUAAAACACUUGGGACGAUCAGACACAAGAACAUCGUUAGGUUUCUUGGAUGUUGUUGGAACAGGAACACAAGGCUUUUGAUGUAUGAUUACAUGCCUAAUGGGAGCUUGGGGAGUUUGCUUCAUGAGAGACGAGGCUCUGCGCUUGAUUGGGAUCUUAGAUACAGAAUCUUGCUUGGUGCAGCUCAAGGUUUAGCUUAUCUACACCAUGAUUGCCUCCCGCCCAUUGUUCAUCGCGAUAUCAAGGCCAAUAACAUUUUGAUCGGUCUUGAUUUUGAACCGUACAUUGCGGAUUUCGGUUUAGCUAAGCUUGUUGAUGAGGGUGACAUUGGCCGGUGUUCUAAUACCGUUGCUGGAUCUUAUGGUUACAUUGCCCCAGAGUAUGGUUAUAGCAUGAAGAUUACAGAGAAGAGUGAUGUUUACAGCUACGGUGUGGUGGUUCUUGAAGUGUUGACUGGGAAGCAACCUAUAGACCCGACGGUACCCGAAGGGCUUCACUUGGUGGAUUGGGUGAGGCAGAAUAGAGGCAGCCUCGAAGUUCUUGACUCGAGCCUGAGGUCUAGAACCGAGGCUGAAGCUGAUGAGAUGAUGCAAGUGUUGGGCACUGCUUUGCUUUGUGUGAACGCGUCUCCUGACGAGAGACCCACCAUGAAAGACGUUGCGGCUAUGCUCAAGGAGAUCAAGCAAGAGCGUGAAGAGUAUGCGAAAGUUGACUUGCUUCUCAAGAAAUCUCCCCCGCCAACUGCGAAAACUCAGGAAGAAGGUAGUAAGAAUGAGAUGACGGUGGCUGUAGCUUCGUCUUCUAAAGAGAUGAGACGAGAAGAGAGAAUAGUGAAGAGUAACAAUACUAGUUUCUCGGCUUCUUCUCUGCUUUACUCCCCUACUUCUUCGAUUGAGUGAUACAUAUAUAGAGUUUGAGAGUUCCGUGAGAAGAAUGCUUUUGUGUGCUGUCUGAGAAAUGCUUCUUUUUUUUUUACAUUUUAUUUAAUUAUCACUUUAAGUCUCUGAAAUGUGAUGUAAAAAGAACAAGAAUAUAAUGAGAAAAUGUGAGUCAGUACUCUGAUGAAA